AUGAGCUUCAUUCCUGUGGAACAUAUUGCGUGCUCAACAGCGAAACUUCCAUCAUCCAGAUGUCCUCUACUACUUCUACAACCGAACGGUUCAUCCACCAAGCCGGUACGAUGGCGAUCUGCCUGCAAUCAGUGUCAUGCAGCUAAGGUACGAUGUAGCGGGGAGCGCACCGGCUGUGACCGAUGUAACAACCUCCAAUACCAGUGCGUCUAUGCCAUCUCGCGAGUAGGAAAGGUGCCAGGAGUGCGGGCACGCGGCAACAAAGCCGUCCGCACGACGACAGAGGCACUACAGCGGCCGGCAACUGCGAGUACACUGCCAGACGCAGACAGCACCGGGGAGUUCCAGACAGACCAGCGAUCGGAGAACGAUCCCCUCAGCCGCUCAGACUUCGGAGAGCAAGAUGCGGCCCACGAUGCCCUCUCGCCCAAGUCUCACAGCGCGCUGUUCCCCGACUGGACGGAAGCCAGCGACAAAAGUUUGAACGCUUACGAGACGGCCGAUCUCUUCAUUCUCCCCAGCCAGUUGAUGUCCUCGGAUCAAGAUCCAAGUCGAUCGCGAGGCCACUCAUUGCAGGCACCGAGCCACAGUGGCCACAGCAUCGCAGACUCUCAUACAGCCGCCAUGCCAGAUGGCGGAUUAUUCUGCCCAUUUAAUAAGCCUACAACGCCAAUCCCUGCGCUUCCUGACCUUGAUCUACACAUCCAGGAUUUCCAUCCGAUGGACGUUCCCGUCAGCCCGCUCGACAACGGGCCACCGGUCAAACGACGCCCGUAUUCAGAUGCAUCCUGUGGGCACUCCGGUCACAGUAGCAAGGGAUACAUGAGUUCAACGUUCCCCUACAGUGAACUACUCUCUCAGAUAGGAUGCCAAACAGACUGCGGUCGCCAACCCCAUCACUACAAUUACCGAAGCUGGACAGUUCUCAUUUGUAACCGCAUAGUGGAAUUCCUCGAACACCGCAUCCAAGGCGGCGUUGUAGCCCUGGACGUGGUUAUGCAAACGAACAAAGUUACCCUCGGAGAAAUAUCUCGUAUCCUGAGCAAAGGGGCUCAUAAAGAGGGCUCCAACUGCGCCAUGUUGUUGCUGAUCGCUAUCGAUCAGAUCGUAACCUUGUUCGAGUGUGGUGUGAAGCAGGGCAGCCCCGGCGACAGCGAUCGAGCGAGCAUCGGAGGCCGAGACUUGUCUGCCCUUGGGGAUGACCUGACGGGGGGAAAUGUCUUGCCCAACCUUCGCUUUGGACUGUUCCAGAUCAACCAAGACGAGCAGCUGGCCCUGCGUUCGUAUCUCUUGCAAAGAGAGCUCCAGCGAUGCUUACAGGUAUUAACUAACUUGCGAGAUGCGAUCCCCUUGGAGCCCAAUCCAUGUACGGCGCUAGAAGCGCGAGUGAAGAAACUUUGCUCUGCAAUUGCAGACUCUCAUUGA